CACAGCAGCGCCUGCUCCACACUCACAGAACUCGUCCUCUCUUUCUCCGGGACACAGAGCAAACAAGCGGUCACAAGAGAAUUCACUCCCGUCAAAGUGUCUCAAAGUCGGGGCUGGAGAAUGUUUCUCCUCUGACUCUUCCCAGUUAACUGGAAACAAAGGAAAGAAGUUGUAUUGAUUUUAGCGAAGCGGAUGGCGCAGCUUCCCCUCCUCAUCCUCUGUGGUCCCCUCAACUGAGACGACAAAGGGACAGGAGUUUUUAUUUUUUAAAAAAAUGGAUACUUUCUUUGUAGAGGGGGCCCGUGUCUGGCUGAGACACAAAGAGCAGCUCCUCCCCUCCACUGUCAGCUCUUGCGAUGAUUCAUCCCUGGUGCUCAGCACUGACUAUGGGAAGGUGAUUUACCUGCAGAGGGCGGAGCUAAACAGAGAGACGGUGUACGCCAUGCACCCCAGCAGUGUCCACGGCGUAGAGGACAUGUCGACACUGGCAGAGCUGCAUGAAGCUGCCAUCCUGCACAACCUUUUUCUGCGCUACCAGAGAGACAACAUCUAUACUAACAUAGGUUCGAUCCUAGCGGCGGUGAAUCCGUAUAAGCACAUAGCAGGACUGUACGACAGCACUGCAGUGGAGCUGUACAGCAAACACCAGAUGGGGGAGCUGCCUCCUCAUAUCUUUGCUGUGGCCAAUGAGUGUUACCGCUGCCUGUGGAAGAGGCAUGACAGCCAGUGUGUUCUCAUCAGCGGGGAAAGUGGUGCAGGGAAGACGGAGAGCACCAAGCUGUUGCUGAAGUUUCUCUCUGUGAUGAGUCAAAAGUCAGCAGGCACUCCUUUGUCAGAGAGGACUACUCGGGUAGAGCAGGCCCUCAUCCAGAGCAGCCCCAUCAUGGAGGCAUUUGGGAACGCAAAGACUGUGUACAACAACAACUCCAGUCGCUUUGGGAAGUUCAUCCAGCUCCACUUUUCCCAAAAUGGGAACAUUCACGGAGGCUGCAUCAUUGACUAUUUGCUCGAAAAGAAUCGCGUGGUUCGACAGAAUCCCGGAGAGAGAAACUAUCACAUCUUCUACUCGCUGUUAGCAGGAGCUGACAAAGACCACCGAGACAUGUACUUACUGUCUGAAGGUCCAGAGUCGUAUCACUACCUGAGCCAGUCGGGCUGCAUGCAGGACAGCAGUCUGGAUGACAAGCAGCUCUUUGACAGUGUGAUGGAGGCACUCAAAGUGAUGGAGUUCACUGAGGAGGAGAUCAGAGAUGUGUUCAAGUUGCUGUCUGCUGUUCUCCAGAUGGGCAACAUCGAGUUCAUGACAGCUGGUGGAGCUCAGAUCACUUCAAAAGCUGUGGUCAGCAACGUCAGUGACCUGCUUGGCCUCGACUGCUUUCAGCUGUCAGAGGUCUUGACCCAACGCUCCAUGAUCCUCAGAGGAGAAGAGAUCUGCUCACCGCUCACUGUGGAGCAGGCAUUGGACUCGCGAGACUCCGUCGCCAUGGCGCUUUAUUCUCAGUGUUUUUCAUGGAUCAUAAUGAGGAUCAACCAGAAGAUUAAAGGAAAUGACAACUUCAAGUCCAUUGGCAUCCUGGACAUUUUUGGCUUUGAGAACUUUCAGGUGAACCGGUUUGAACAAUUUAAUAUCAACUAUGCCAACGAGAAACUCCAGGAGUACUUCAACAAGCACAUCUUCUCGCUGGAACAGCUCGAGUACAACAGGGAGGGUAUCCAGUGGGAGGCUAUAGACUGGAUGGAUAACGCAGAGUGUCUGGAUCUCAUAGAGAAGAAACUGGGCAUGUUGGCUCUUAUCAAUGAGGAGAGUCGCUUCCCCAAAGGCACAGACUAUACUCUUUUGGAGAAACUGCACAGCCGACACGCAACAAAUGUGUACUAUGUGAAGCCCAGAGUGACCGACCACCAGUUUGGCAUCAAGCACUAUGCUGGAGAGGUGCUUUACGAUGUGCGAGGAAUUCUCGAGAAGAACAGAGACACCUUCAGAGACGACAUCUUGUUCAUUCUCAAGGACAGCAGACUUGACUUCAUCUACGACCUCUUUGAGCGCGUUGGCAGCAGGAACGGCGACGAGACCCUAAAGAUGGGCACAGCCAGACGCAAGCCCACUGUCAGCUCUCAGUUCAGGGACUCUCUCCAUUCCCUGAUGGCCACACUAAGUGCCUCCAACCCCUUUUUUGUACGCUGCAUCAAACCAAACAUGGACAAGAAGGCCAACCAGUUUGAUCCCGAUAUCGUACUUAACCAGUUGAAAUAUUCUGGAAUGCUGGAAACGGUGAAGAUCCGCAGGGCCGGGUUUCCUGUUCGCAGAACCUUUCAGGACUUUUACAGCAGGUACAAGAUGAUUCUGAAGAGCAAAAUCCCUUCAGACGAUGAGAAACAGAAGUGCUCAGAGCUUCUCUUGCUUCAUGACGGAACCAAGAAAGCGUGGCAACUGGGAAAGACAAAGGUGUUCUUGAAGGAGGCCCUGGAGCAAAGGCUGGAGAAAGAGAGGGAAGAGGUGCGGCGCAGGGCUGGCAUGGUGAUCCGCGCCCACAUCCUCAGCUAUGUGGCAAGGAAACAAUAUAAAAAGGUCCGGUCCAGCGUUGUCACCAUCCAGAGAAACUACCGCGCUCACUUUUGGAGGCGUGUUUUCCUGCGCCUGCGCGUGGCCUCCAUCAUUCUGCAGAAACAUCGUAGAGGCCAGCUGGCUCGAUCCCUCUGUCGCCAACUCAAGGAGGAGAAACGGAAGCAGGAGGAAGAGGAGAGAAGGAGGAGAGAAGAAGAAGAGGAGCGUAGGCGCGUAGAGGUUGAGGAGAGGAGGAGGAUGGAGGAAGAGAGGAGACGGCAGGAGGAGGAGAGCAGACAGAGAGAUGAGGAGGAGAGACAGAGACUUCUGGUGGAGGAGGAGAUGAGGAAGAGGAGGGUGGUGGAGGAGGAGUCGAUGAGGCAGGAGGAGAUGAGACUAAAGGAGAAUAAGGAAGAGCAGAUAAUGGCAGCUAAAGCAGAUAUGAAAAGGAACUCACUGGUUAAUGGUGCUUGUCAGAAGAAGGCCUUGUCUCAGACUCCGUCCUACAGCCACACUUCUGAGGAAGAGAGCCGUCAGAUGGAGGAGAUCUUGCGGCUGGAGAGGGAGAUCGAGCGCCUGCAGAAGCAGCAGGAAGAUGGCGUGUCACUCCUCGGAGAUGUCUCUCAGGAGGAGUUACGCCAGAUGAGGGACGCUGAGAUCUACAGAUUGGAGAAGGAAGCCUCCCGUGUUGCUACCGAGUUCCUGGAUCUGCUGGACUUUGGCGGUCUGGAGCCAUCCCUGUCGAGCGAGGAGAACCUCCAUGACCCGACUGAAUCCACUGCUCCUCUGGCUGAAGAGGAGGUAGACGAGGGCUUCCACGCUGAAGACGAGUGUAUUCCACUGCCUGACUUUCCGCCUCCUGCCACACUUCCCCUGGACAAGGACAUAUUCCAAAGUAUCCCCCCGCCUCCACCUGCAUUUGCAGAGGGAGUAGUGGUCUCCCCUUCUUCGGCCUCUUCUCCUGCACAGAGGACACUCUCCCCACUAACCACCAAUGGACUGACUCAUGCUGCCAUUCCCACAGAGUCCCAUCCCCCUUUACCAUCUCCUCCACCUCCACCUCCACCGGUGGUUGCUAACGGACAUGUGGAGCCGUGCCAUGAGGAGUCAUCCCACUCAAACCUGCCAGACACAGAGUCGGACUAUGAUCAGGAGGAGUUUGAGGAGGCUCAUGGGAGCUCAGGUGCUAGUACCAACGAUGGCCACAUCACAGAUGAGGAGGUGCUACGGAAAUCCUCCUGCACCCAAAACAGCCUGGACUCCUUCAGAGGCAGCUCAGACUCGUUCAUUGACAGCGACGAGGACAAUGAUGGCUAUGUGGACACUGAUGAGGAGGUUUCCAAUGGAAGAGUGAAUCUGCUGAAUGGCAGUGGGCCUCCGUACUUCCACGGCUACCUCUACAUGAAGAGUGGUCUGAUGAUCCCGUGGCGUCGUCGCUGGUGUGUGCUCAAGGACGAGACCUUCAUGUGGUUCCGGGCCAAGCAGGACUCACUGAAGUCCGGCUGGCUUUAUAAGAAAGGAGGGGGGAUGUCCACCUUGUCUCGGCGCAACUGGAAGAUGCGCUGGUUCGUUCUUCGGGAGGCGAAGCUCAUGUACUUUGAGAAUGACACUGAGGAGAAACUGAAAGGGACCAUUGACAUUCGCAGCGCCAAGGACAUAGUGGACAAUCACGAGAAGGAAAAUGCACUGAAUAUUGUGACUGACGAGAGAACCUACCACAUCUAUGCAGAGUCGCCAGAGGAUGCCAGUGGUUGGUUCAGUGUGCUGAGUCGGGUCCACAGCGCCAGUCCAGAGCAGCUCAUGGAAAUGCACCACGAACAGGCCAACCCGAAGAAUGCAGUGGGAACACUUGACGUGGGCUUGAUAGAUUCUGUUUGUGCGUCAGACAACCCAGACAGGCCAAACUCCUUUGUGAUCAUUACGGCCAACCGGGUGAUCCACUGCAACACGGACACGCCUGAGGAGAUGCAUCACUGGAUAGGCCUGCUGCAGAAGUCUAAGGGAGACUCAAAGGUUGAUGGACAAGAGUUCUUAGUCAGAGGCUGGUUACAUAAAGAGAUGAAGUCAGGGGCCAAGAGCACGUCUCUGAAGUUGAAGAAGCGCUGGUUUGUUCUCACCACUAACUCGCUGGACUAUUACAAGUCAUCGGAUCGCACUGCCUCCAAACUGGGAACUUUAGUCCUCAACAGUCUCUGCUCGGUGGUGCAGCCUGAUGAGAAGGUCUUCAAGGACACCGGUUACUGGAACAUAAUCGUCCAUGGGCGGAAGCACUCUUACCGUCUUUACUCCAAAAUGCUGAAUGAAGCCAUGAGGUGGGCGAAUGCCAUACAGGGAGCGAUAGACAGCAAAGUUCCCAUUGAAACGCCAACACAGCAACUCAUCAGGGACAUCAAGGAGAGCAGUUUGAAUGUGGAGGCUGUGGAGCAGACAUACUGGAGGAACCCCAUCCUGAGAUACACCCAGCAUCCUUUGCACUCUCCCCUUCUACCUCUGCCCUACGGAGACGUCAGCGUCCACUUGCGAAAGGAAAAGGGUUACACCAGCCUGCAGGAUGAGGCCGUGAAGAUUUUCAACUCACUACAAGAGAUGGAGGCCGUUUCUGAUCCCGUACCGAUCAUCCAGGGAAUCCUACAGACCUGCCAAGACUUGAGGUCUUUAAGAGAUGAGGUUUACUGUCAGCUGAUCAAACAAACCAACCACGUCCCACACCCCAACAGUCUGGCCAAUCGUGCCCAUUGGCACCUCCUGACCUGCAUGACCUGCACCUUUCUGCCCAGCCGUGGCAUCCUACGCUACCUCAAGUUUCACCUCAAAAGGAUUAAGGAGCUGUUCCCCAGUACAGAUAUUGAGAUGUUUGCUCAUUUCAUCUGUGAAUCUCUGAAGAAAACUAAAACCAGAGAGUUUGUUCCCUCCCAAGAGGAAAUCAUGGCACUGCUCACCAGACAGGAAAUGACGACCACAGUGUACUGCCAUGGAGGAGGCUCCUGCAAGAUCUCUAUUAACUCACACACAACUGCUGGAGAGGUGGUUGAGAAACUAAUCAGAGGUCUGGCCAUGGAGGACAGCCGCAACAUGUUUGCCCUCUUUGAACACAACAACACAAUUGAUAGAGCUGUGGAAAGCCGGGUCCUUGUGGCCGAUGUUUUGGCAAAAUUCGAAAGACUGGCUGGCAGUGAAGAAGCCGAGGAUGAAGGCCAGUGGAAACUUUAUUUCAAACUCUACUGCUUCCUGGACGUGGAGAGCAUGCCUAAAGAAGGAGUGGAGUUUGCGUUUAUGUUUGAGCAGGCUCAUGAAAGUUUGACCAGAGGCCACUUUCCUGCCCGGGAGGAGACUCUGCAGCACCUGGCUGCUCUACGCCUGCAGUUUCUGUACGGAGACAAAGUGCGGGUCACUUCCUGGAACCUGGAAAACGUCUACCCCUUGGGCCGCCUGCGCACUCGCAUCCUGCAGUUUACCAAGGGGGGCGGAGCCUCGGGGUCCGGGUCUGGGUCCGGACCUGGGCCAGGUUCGGGCCAAACUCUGGAGCGUCGGAGGACGAGCUUCCUCGAAGGCACGCUGCGUCGGGGGCUGAAGACGGGCUCGAUGAAAAAGCAGCGCAUGGAGGAGGAGCAGAUGUUGGAGAUGUGGAUCAAGGAAGAGAUGUCUGCAACGAGGGCGAGCAUCGUGGAGAAGUGGUCUCGCCUCACAGGUCUGGAUCAGCAUCAGGCCAUGCUCAAAUACAUGACCAUCAUCAAAGAGUGGCAGGGUUAUGGAUCCACACUGUUUGAUGUUGAGUGCAAAGAAGGAGGCUUCCCUCACGAUCUCUGGCUGAGUGUGAGUGCUGAGAACGUGUCCAUCUACAAGAGAGGAGAGCCCAAACCUCUGGAGAAAUUCCCAUAUGAACACAUCAUCUUCUUCGGCGCUCCACAGCCCUGCACGUUUAAGGUCACUGUGGACGAGCGAGAAAUGUUCUUUGAAACACCACAGGUUGGAGAGAUCACAAAGAUCAUGAAAGCCUACAUAAAUAUGAUUGUGAAGAAGCGCUGCAGUGUGAAGUCUGUCUCCAGCUAUGGAACCAACUGGAUCAGGUGAUUGACAGUGUGGGGAACAUGAACUCAGAGAUGAUGACAGAACAAGAGUGGAGUGUAGACAACUGAGAGGAUGAACAAAUCCCUUCGACAGAAACUGUGUCUGUGAGCAUUCGACUGUGUGUGAAGCAACACAAACAAACUCCAUCCACAAUGAUUCUUUUCUAAAGAGACUGCUGUUAACUUUACUGCUUGCGGCGAGUGCGGGGACACCAAGUAACACGGCAUUUUAAGCUUUACAUUCGUCCUUGAGUGUUGCCUCCCUCCAUGCAGACUCCAAACCUGUCACUCUCCUUAGUUACACUGGUCAUUUCUUUCAUUUUACUUGAAAAGCAAGUCAGGUAUCUGUUUUAUUUUAAUAUCUCGAGAAAGCUUAAAGAGAUGACAUGCUCUUUUCCCACCAAAAAAAAAGAAGAUUCAAUAUACAUUCGUAACCAAAUUUACACUCAAUGUAAUAAUAUGAUCCAGAACCAGAAUGAAUUUCUGCCAGGCCUUUAUCCCAAACUGUGUAAAAGAAUGUGUUGCAGUGGCAAACAUUCACCCUUUAAAUGUUUUUUCAGCCCUUUGUAAUGAAUGUUCUCCGGAAUGGAGAUUUCCUCAGGUCAAUGUGUAAUAUAAAAUUACAUCCUUCUUAGGGAGAUCCCUCAUCUUGCCUUAUUUUAGUUUCUAUUCCAGUUAUGUAAUCUGGAUGAAAAGUUCAAGUAAAAAUGUGGCCUUUCAGGAACAGAGCAUACACUACAGAGUUGGAGUAUUGCUGUGUCUUGUAGUGGCAGAGGCAGUUAUUGCUCGCAUGGGUGUGUGCACCACAAACUAUUAAAAAAGUCAUAAAUGCAAGCAAACAAAGAGAUAACCACUGCAUCAGUGGAGAUGCAACAUUUGAACCACUGCAGUCGCCCAUUAAAAAAGGCCACAGAACAAACAAAAAAAGUACUAUGGCCUCUCAUCUAGAACCCGUAAUGUAUUGAGUCAGUUCCAUGUGUGCUGAGUAGAGGGUGUGUCUUUGCAUUUUUUUGUAGCUGUAACUGAUUUGCUGUAAGAGGCAAGCAUGCUAUUUUCUGUACAGUGUCUGAAACAGUCUUUUUUGAGGGUGGAGUACUUUUUAUUUAUUUCAGUAUCAAUACGUGGGAGGAUACGCUCAGAGGAAUGAACUGUGUACUGGAAAUAUAAUGAUGCAAUUUAGCCAGUACUUUGUUAAUAUGUGCAUUCAGGGAAGAUUUGGAAAGAAGAUUGUUCAUGAGUUACACAUGAUCCCCCCCCCUUUUUUAAUCCUGAUUCUGAACUUUUGUCCAACCUAAAUGUGUUGACCUCAGCAUCCUAACAUUCUCAGUUCCUCUUAUAGUCUCACAAAGCAGAGGAUAUUUCCUGUUCACGGCCACUCCAUCAGCCUCCCACAGUACAUUUCACUCCCAACAUAACAUGACCCAAACUUAAUGAGCUUAGUAUUUACCUCAUUCACUGUCUUCCACUGCUCCGAUCGUACUCACUUAGGCGUUCUGGUCAGCUGCCGGCGGCCACACCAGAGACUGAUCCCGUCACUGACGAUGACUGUAUUUCUCAGACUUCUGAUUGUUUUGAAGAAGAAAGAAAAUCAGAAAAUGUUUUAUAUAAGAAUUUAAAGAUGCUUUAAUAAAUUAUUGUAUUUCAAA